UCUAGGUUUCCACCUUUCCUUAUGAUGAGACUUGCUUCAUGCUGUAAGCUUUUUUAGGUGGAAAUUUACGAGAUUUUUUAUGUGAACCAGAAAUAAUUGCAGAAAUGGAAAUAGCACAGAACUUACCCGAAGUUGUGCUGUUGAAAAUUUUUCGAUUGUUACAGUUUGGCGAUCUAUGUCGUGCAGGAAGAGUUUGCAAGUUAUGGUACCAGCUUACCCGAUCUAAGACACUCUGGAGAUUUGUAGAUGCUACAGAUAUCAAAUUAACGACCCAGCAGUUAGCAAAGCUUGUUUCCAGGCUGACAACAGCAGUUCAUCAUCUUUACAUAUGUGGUCUGGUUUUAAAUGAGGUACCAUUUCUUACUCCUGGUCUCAUAGCUGAGAUUUCUAGAAACUCUCCGGACCUUCAAACUCUUGUUAUAGAAGGUGCUUUUGUUGCUAAACAAAUCAAUUGGACAGAUAUAACAAUUCAAGAUCUGCCUCCAAAACUGGCAACGCUUUCUUUACGUCGAUCAUUCUUUCAUGCGGAUCAGCUCUUCUGUUGUACCGAUUCGCCUUCUGGUCCUCAACUGAAAUGCUUGGAUGUCAGUCACUGCUGGUGUAUUUCUGACCAUGACAUGCCAUUCUUCACAAAACUUUCAAAUUUACAAGAACUUUAUCUUGAAAGCUGUGACUAUAUCAGUGAUGAUGGAGUAUUUAUGUUUGUAAGUAGGUCAGAAACAUUAACAGUUAUUGAUGUUGAAGGUACAAACAUUUCAGAUGACACGCUACACAUUAUUUCAGAAAGGUGCCCUAAGCUGCAGAAGCUGUUUCUAGGAAAAACAUGGGUUACAGAUAGAGGCAUCAUGUCUCUGUCAGAGAAAGUAUUUCCAUCUUUGGAAAUGUUAUGUCUAAGUAAAACAAUGGUGACCAUCACUGGAAUAAAAUAUCUUUGUGAAUCUCAGAAGACAUUAAAAUGGUUGAAAAUUAGUGAAAGCAAACUAUUGUUACAAGAUGUGCAAGAUAUUAUGAGUGUAUUACCUUUGUGUAAAGUAUAUAGGAAACAAGUUACUCGUCUCUCCCCUCCAGAGAGUGAUAUAUGUGAACAUUUUUUGGAAAAAAUGUUUCAAUUAAUGCAAACAAGUACUAUCACUUGAAAUCUCAAAUUGUAGAUAAGAUGAGCAUUUCUAGGCUGAUGUGCUAAAAGCCUUGAUAUUUCAUCAUUUAAUUUACUAUUGGAAGAAUGUUUAUAUGUGUAAUACUUUUUAUUUGUUUAUGUAGACAAGGUUUUGAGGUUGUAUUGUCACAUGUAUUAACAGUAAUUUGUAAAUGUGAUGACUUAGAAAUGCAAAAAAGUACUAAAUCACAUUCUCAACAAGAGAUGGAAAGGAUAAAAAAGUGUUAAAUUAUAAUAACUCCAAUAUUUUGCUGUUUUCAGCCAUCUGAGAAUUAAAAAUAACACUUAAGUCAGACGUAUCGAUGUAGCGUGUAUCAGUAUGAUGGAUUAGUAGCUGACCACUGUAAGUGUUAAGCAAAUCAAUUUAUAUGUAAAUGAUCAAACUGUAUUAUGCAGUAGUUAUAGAAGUUUGAGUAAUUUCUGUUGAUGACCUAUUCAAACUGAUUGAUAGGUUAAUCAUCAAGCUCGUUAUUCGAUUAUUCUCAUAUGAGCCCUGGAUAAUUGAUAUACUUGGAAAUACUAAUUUUGAUUAGUUGAUUAUUUUUGUGAGUCAUGACACUAAGUGAUUAAGCUGAACAACCUUGUA